AUGAUCCGUAACAUUCGCCAGUUUUCAACGUCCCGGGCGGCGUUGCAGAAGAUCAAGGUCAAGAACCCCAUCGUCGAGAUGGACGGUGACGAAAUGACCAGAAUCAUUUGGGCCAGAAUCAAGGACAAAUUGAUCAACCCAUACUUGGACCUUGACUUGAAGUACUACGACUUAGGUAUCGAGGCCAGAGACAAGACUGAGGACCAGAUUACCAUUGAUGCUGCUAACGCCAUCAAUGAGUACGGUGUGGGUGUCAAGUGUGCCACGAUUACCCCAGACGAAGCUCGUGUUGCGGAAUUCAACUUGAAGAAGAUGUGGUUGUCACCCAACGGAACCAUCAGAAACAUUUUGGGCGGCACUGUGUUUAGGGAGUCAAUUAUCAUCCCCCGUAUUCCUCGUCUUGUUCCAGGCUGGGAAAAACCCAUUGUUAUUGGAAGACAUGCCCAUGGGGACCAAUACAAAGCUACGGAUUUGGUAAUUGAGGAGCCAGGCAAGUUGGAGGUUGUGUUUACCCCCAGCAAUGGCGGAGACAAAAUCACAAAAACGAUCUUCGACUACAAGGGCCGCGGAGUCGGGUUGGCGAUGUACAACACCGACGAGUCCAUAAGAGGAUUUACGCAUUCGUCGUUCAAGAUGGCAUUGGCACAGGGAUUGCCCUUGUACCUUUCUACAAAAAACACCAUCUUGAAGAAGUACGACGGCCGCUUCAAGGACAUUUUCCAGGAGAUUUACGAUGCCGAGUACGCCCAGCAGUUUGAGGCCAAGGGCAUAUGGUACGAGCACCGUUUGAUCGACGACAUGGUGGCCCAGAUGAUCAAGUCCAAGGGAGGAUUUGUCAUGGCCUUGAAGAACUACGACGGAGAUGUGCAGUCGGACAUUGUUGCCCAGGGAUUCGGAUCGUUGGGCCUCAUGACCUCGGCCUUGAUGACUCCCGAUGGAAAAGCGUACGAGAGCGAAGCGGCACACGGCACUGUCACCAGACACUUUAGGCAGCACCAGCAGGGUAAGGAAACAUCGACCAACUCGAUUGCGUCGAUUUUCGCCUGGACCCGAGGCCUCGUCCAGAGAGGCACCUUGGACAAUACACCUGAAGUGGUUGAGUUUGCCCGCAAGUUGGAGCAGGCCACGGUGGGACUUGUGCAAGAGGACGGUAUUAUGACCAAGGAUUUGGCAUUGGCGUGUGGCCGUACGGACCGUGAGUCUUAUGUGACCACGACGGAAUUCUUGGACGCCGUUGGAGACAAGUUGAAGUGA